UAGAGCUCAUCAUCACCAUCACAUUACUAUUCUUCUCCGAUUAACCUAAACCCAUAACCAAAACCAGAUCGUCCGAUCAUCGCCAAUAAUAGUAAUAAUAAUAACAAUGGCGAUGAAGCUUCCAUCGGUGUUUGUAAUUUUCUUACUAUCAUUCUCUUUCAUUCCUACUUCUUUCUCUCUUUUUGAAGAUCAAGUCGGAUUCAUGGACUGGCAUCAACGAUACAUAGGGAAAGUUAAGGAUGCAGUGUUCCACACACAAAAGGCGGGCCGAAAACGUGUUGUGGUGUCUACUGAAGAGAAUGUUAUCGCGUCCCUUGAUCUUCGUCGAGGCGAUAUUUUUUGGAGACAUGUUUUGGCAGCCAAUGACGUGAUUGACAAAAUUGAUAUUGCCCUUGGGAAGUAUGUUAUUACAUUGUCAUCAGAGGGGAGCAUAUUAAGAGCUUGGAAUCUUCCUGACGGGCAGAUGGUUUGGGAGUCUUUUUUAUCAGGCUCAAAGCCUUCCAAGGCAUUAUUAACUGUUCCAGCCAACUUGAAGAUUGAUCUGGACAGCCCAAUUUUUGUUUAUGGUGGUUCAAUUCUCCAUGCCAUUUCUAGCAUUGAUGGGGAGCUUCUUUGGAAGAAGGAUUUUGCAGCUGAAGGCAUUGAUGUUCAUCAGUUGAUUCUUCCUAGUGGCAGUGUCGCAGUUCAUAUUGUAGGAGUUACUGAUUCAUCCCAGUUUCAUACCUAUAAAAUUGAUGUUAAAAAUGGAGGGUUACUGGAACAUAUCAGUGCAUCAAUUUCUGGUGGCAUCUAUGGGGAAGUGUUGCCAAUCUCAGAUGAGACAUUUGUGGCAUUGGAUGCUUCAAGGUCAGUUCUGGUGUUAAUAACCAUAAAAAAUGGACAAAUGCACCUUCAACAGACCCAGGUUUCAGAUCUUGUUCAUGGAGCUUCUGGGAACACAAUUAUACUACCUUCAAAGCUUUCAGGAAUAUUUUCUGUUAGCACGGAUGCGUGCAUAGCUUUUGUUAAAGUGACUAACGAAGGGAAAUUAGAUGUGAUGGAAAAAGUUGAUAAAACAGUUGUUGUUAGUGAUGCAUUACCUCUUUCAGAAGGUGAGCAAGCUUUUGCACUUGUUCAACAUGGAGAUAGCAAGAUUCACCUAUCUGUAAGGCUUGUUCAUGAUAUGAGUAGCAAUCACCUCAAGGAAACUGUCAAGAUGGAUCAAGAGAGGGGUUUUGUGCACAAAAUUUUCAUAAACAACUAUGUUAGAACAGACAGAUCCCAUGGUUUUAGAGCAUUGAUUGUAAUGGAAGAUCAUUCGCUACUACUGCUACAACAAGGUGAAAUUGUCUGGAGUAGAGAUGAUGGACUUGCUUCGAUUGUAGACGUCACAACAGCAGAACUACCCGUAGAAAAGAUUGGUGUAUCUGUAGCAAAAGUUGAGCACAGUCUUUUUGAGUGGCUUAAGGGUCAUAUGUUAAAGCUUAAAGGAACCUUAAUGCUUGCAACACCUGAUGAAGUAGCAGCAAUACAAAAGAUUAGGUUGCAGAGUUCUGAAAAAAGCAAGAUGACACGUGACCAUAAUGGGUUCCGUAGGCUGCUCAUAGUACUUACCAGAGCUGGGAAACUUUUCGCAUUACAUACAGGUGAUGGGCGAGUUGUCUGGUCUAGCCUACUUCAAUCUCUUCGCUCGUCACAACAAUGCGCUGACCCGACAGGUCUCAAGUUGCACCAGUGGCAAAUCCCUCACCAUGCACUGGAUAAUAACCCGUCUGUCCUUGUCGUUGGCAGAUGUGGACUUUCUUUGACCUCUCCUAGUGCAAUGUCAAUUAUUGAUGCACACACUGGAAAAGAGAUUCAAAAUAUGGGUCUUGCGCAUUCCACCGUGCAAGUUAUUUCCUUGCCAUUCAGUGAUUCCACUGAGCAGCAGCUUCACUUGCUGAUAGAUGCUGAUAAGCAAGCUCAUUUAUAUCCUAGAACUCCUGAAGCUGUUGAGAUCUUUAAACGUGAGUCUGAAAAUCUGUAUUGGUACUCGGUUGAAGCUGAAGUUGGUAUCUUGAGAGGGUAUGGGUUGAAAAGCAGUUGUAAUCUUGAUGUGCCAAACGAGUAUUGUUUUGAAACUAGGAAUUUAUGGUCUAUUGUCUUCCCAUCUGAAUCAGAGAAAAUAAUUGCAGCAGUGACUAGAAAAGCAAAUGAGGUGGUUCACACUCAAGCAAAGGUCAUUGCAGAUGAGGAUGUGAUGUAUAAAUAUGUAUCAAAAAAUAUGCUGUUUGUUGCUACUGUUUCGCCUAAAGCCAGUGGUCCGAUUGGCUCAGCAACUCCAGAUGAAUCCGUGCUGGUGGUUUACCUUGUAGACACUGUAACUGGUCGCAUACUGCAUCGCGUGACUCAUUUAGGCUCACAGGGUCCCGUGCAUGCGGUCCUUAGUGAGAACUGGGUUGUCUACCAUUACUUCAACCUACGAGCACACAGAUAUGAGAUGUCUGUUAUUGAGAUCUAUGAUCAGUCUCGUGCGGAAAAUAAAGAUGUCUUGAAGCUGAUUGUUGGAAAGCAUAAUCUCACGACACCCAUCUCAUCUUAUUCUCGACCUGAAGUUACAACAAAGUCACAAUCGUACUUCUUUACACAUUCGGUAAAAGCAAUAUCAGUAACUUCAACUGCCAAAGGAAUAACAUCCAAGCAUCUUCUUAUUGGCACAAUUGGCGAUCAGGUAUUGGCUCUUGAUAAGCGAUUUGUUGAUCCACGAAGGUCACUUAACCCCACACAGGCUGAGAAAGAAGAGGGUCUUUUACCUCUCACAGAUACUUUGCCAAUUAUUUCACAGUCGUAUGUGACACACGCGUUUAAAGUAGAAGGUCUUAGAGGCAUAGAAACUGUACCUGCAAAGCUGGAGUCAACAACCCUUGUAUUUGCAUAUGGAGUUGACCUAUUCUUUACUCGACUUGCACCUUCAAGAACAUAUGACUCACUUACAGAAGAUUUCAACUAUGCAUUGCUUCUUCUUACAAUCGUUGCACUUGUUGUGGCUAUUUUUGUAACAUGGGUUUUGUCCGAGAGGAAAGAUCUGCAGGACAAAUGGAGGUAAGUUAUGAAGUACUCUGAUCCACUGUAAACUGCUUUUCUUGAGGUGUUAUAGAUAUUUUAAUUUUUUUAAUUAGUUGGUUUUGUUUCUUAAGCUUAGUGUUAUUAGAGCAAAUUCGUGUUGCAUAAUAGAGAAUUUCACACAAAUUUUGACUCUGUAAUUUGUCUUACAAACAAGUUCACUACAAGAAUUAUGCAUAAAUCAACACGUUACAUUUUCUGCUGA